AUCCAAGAAGAAAAAAAACAGAAGAAAAAAGUUUCCUGAAAGAGGCUUACUUUUACAGUCAGUAAGAGUACAUUUUUCACGUCUGACUUAUACGUUCAUCUGAGGUCCUAUUACUGCCAAUUUUGGAAAAAGUUAAUCCAACCUAAAAUAAGGUGUACCGGCGCCAGAUUUUCUCCUGUCAAGCGCAUGCAACGGCUGGCAGAAUUUUGAGGCUUCAAACAGGAACUGCUUCAAUCUUUAUACCCACUCAGUGUUUUAAAGAGAGAUUGGCCUUGUUCUCAGUUGUUUCUGAGAGGUAUCUCGGUUUAAAUCCAACACCCAACAAGUUGCCAAGCAACAUCAAACUUGUACAACCGCCAUAACCUCUACAUAUCGUGAGGGUAAACAACAACAAAAGAAAUGGCAGACCAAAAAGACCCAAAACCAACACCAACCCACCAAGAUGAAGAGGAUGACCUCUCAACAGGCGACAUGUUCGCCGUGCCAGAGGGCUACUACCCACCUCCUCCUCCACCCCGCACCGAGACGCACACGCUCUCCAACGGCGCCGUCCUGACGCUGCACCUGGUCGGCCACAGCGUCAUGGACGCCCAUCACGUCUGGAACGGCGGCCGCGUGCUGGCGGACCACUUCCUCGCCGACCCGUCCCUGGUGGCCGGCAAGACGGUGCUCGAGGUCGGCGCCGGCGCGGGAAUCCCCAGCCUCGUCGCUGCGCACCUCGGCGCUGCCGGCGUCGUCGCCACCGACUACCCGGACCCGGAAGUGCUGGUCGCGCUGCGCCGCAACGUUGAAGAGUGCGAGCUGGUGCCGCAGCCCCGUGCGGAAAAGGUCGUGGUCGAUGGGUACGUGUGGGGGAAGGAGGUCGAGGGGGUCCUGGCCAAGAUGCCGGGGGCAAAGGCUGCGGGUGAGGGGGUUGACGUCCUCAUCAUGGCGGAUCUGCUGUUUCGGCACACGGAGCACGAGAACAUCGCCUUGACGAUCGAGAGGGCGCUCAAGCGGUCCAGGAACAGCAGGGCAUAUGUUUUCUUCACCAGCUACAGGCCGUGGCUGCGGGAGAGGGAUCUCAAGUUCUUUGACGUGGUGCGAGAUCGCGGGUUCGUGGUGGAGAAGGUGUUGGAGAAGAAGAUGGAGACGGUCAUGUUCAAGGGAGACGCUGGGGAUGAGGAGGUGAGGAAAACAUGCGACGGUUAUCUUGUGACGUGGCCCGAGGACAAGUGUAUUGACUAGUAGUGGCGUUUUCUUUUUCCCUUUUCUGGGAGAGUAAUGGUAUAUUCAUUUGCUCCUGCUCUCCGGAUAUUUACAUGGAGCUAUAAGACUUGAGAACAUCUCAGUGGCACCAAGAAGAUGCACACAAUAGAACAGUAAAAAAAAGAAAAAGAAAACAUAGCAGGUCA